UCCAAUUAAAGUUUCCUGAUACACUGAUGCAGCAAAAAAGAAGAAAAAGAUUUGAUUUAGCCACAAACAAAUAAAAAAUAAUUGGCACUAACCCUUUUUAAGAGGCACCACAGAACACAAGUCACAAGAAAUUAUUAUCAUGAUGUAUAGGUUCAGCAACACAGUGAUUGGUUUCUUGAACUUGUUGACACUGCUAGCAUCAAUUCCAAUAAUUGGAGCAGGGUUAUGGAUGGCAAGGAGCAGCACAAGAUGUGCAUAUUUUCUACAAACACCACUUCUUGUGAUAGGGUUCAUAGUGCUGGUGAUUUCACUGGCCGGUUUCAUUGGUGCAUGUUUUCAUGUGGCAUGUGCACUGUGGAUUUACCUGGUGGUGAUGUUGAUUCUAAUAGCAGCACUCAUUGGUUUGACUAUGUUUGGUUUUGGUGUGACAAGCAAGGGUGGUGGUGUUGAAGUUCCUGGUAGGGUGUAUAAGGAGUAUCAUAUUGAGGAUUAUUCACCAUGGUUGAGGCAAAGAAUCAAGAAUCCUAAAUACUGGAACACUAUUAAGAAUUGUAUUUUUGGUUCCAACACUUGUUCUAAUGUUAUCAAUUGGACCCCUUUGGAUUAUAUGCAGAGAGAUAUGUCACCAAUUCAGUCUGGAUGUUGCAAACCACCAACAGCAUGCACUUACGGCAACAACAUGGAAGAGCAAGCAACAAGAAUGUACAACGAGGAAGAACAAGAUCCUGAUUGCUACAGGUGGAACAAUGCCCCAAACUUGCUGUGCUAUGAGUGUGAUUCAUGCAAAGCUGGUGUUCUUGAAGACAUAAGAAGGAACUGGCACAAGCUCUCUGUGCUCACUCUUGUCAUGCUUGUCCUCCUCAUUGGGAUCUACACCAUUGGUUGCUGUGCUUUCAGGAAUGCAAGGAGGGCUCAGACUGAUUAUCCCUAUGGUCAUAACAGGAUCACCAAAGUCAGGCCUAGAUGGGAUUACUAUUGGUGGAGAUGGUUGCAUGACAGGAGAGAACGGCUUU